AUGGCGCAUUCGAGAGUGAUGCUGACGAACGGCACUUUACCAUCCGCUCGACUCAACCGACUUUGUGCAGCACACCCUUUCACUCAACAGCUUGACGUCGUGUUCCCUGCUUCCGAUGAACUCGAGAAGGUGCUUACAUCCCUGAAGCCCACAUACUGUAAAAGACGUUGCACGCUAUCGGAGUUCCUUGAUUUUGCCUCCAAGAGUCCAGGCGGGAAUACUAUAACUGCACUGCCAUCCACUUCCGAGUGUGUUGAUACAUGGUGCAUCGACCCUAGAGGUGUCCUCACCCUCUGCGUCUCAAAGUCACUGUACGAGCAACUCGGGUUGAUAGGGAAGAGACUCCCUUUCAAAGGGUGUCCUGAGCACGCAGUGAUACGCAUACCGGUUAAGCAAGAGACCGUAUCUGUUGCUGUACGUGCGAAGCAGAAGGCAGCUCUAAAACUCUGGGACGAGCUCAGGGAAAAUGGGCCUGGGAAAUGGGAAGUUUUGUAUUGCCAAGCAGGGGUGAUCGUUCAGCCUCAAAUUUGUCGUUCCACCGACAUACUUGUCCCGGUCCCGGCACUUGCUCCCUUUCCCGAGGAAAGCACAGAGGACUGGGAUGAAUAUAUCGGUGACCUUUUUGAAUGGGUAGGCAUGGCUUGCUUAGGAGCUCAAAGACUCAAAGCGAAUGACCGUGUCAAUCCUUACGUUGCUGUCUACGAAGUUCCCGCUCCUUCAUAUAUUGGCGACGUGACACAGAUAACAUGGGCGGCUUUCCUUCACCAAUCGUUCAUCAAAGAUGUUCUGGACACGGUGACGUCAGACAAUUCACGCUCGAUGGUGUCGCAUUUAGCAUCUGCAACCGAUAACCACGCGUUCGUUGCAAUGACAAGACACGGUUGUUGCACAUCACCUGUUGGGGCCAUCCCGUUGUCCUUGGCUCCUGAUGCUUCUUUCGACACGGCCCGAGAUCCACCUCUCCGAGCACCGGCCCUCGAUGCGGAAGACACCGGCUGUUUCAUCCUUGGUCCAGGUCAAAAUGGGAGCUUUGUGCUUGCAGAGAGUAUUGGUCAUUGGGAUGCUAGAUGGGGCUGA